AUGUACUCAGCAUUGUUCGCACCUAUGGCCCGAUUGGAUCGCGUGAUCUCUGGUCCGAGCACGCCGAGAAGGAAGGGACCAAAGAGCAAGACAAGGCGCUUGCUGGUGUGGCUCCAGCAAAUUCCUCGUCCUUGCACGGCGAGAGCACCGGCUCCAAGAAUCCGGGCAAGCGCAACAAAGCGGGAGGCGGUGGUGGUGGUCAUGCGGACGAUCGGAUUUUCAGCCAAGGUCAUGAAGCAGCGGCUAGCUGCCGGGAUCGUCUACAAGCCUAUGGGGAUCCGAGAAGCUGAAAGUGGCAAAGUCGUUCUUUGAGCGGA